AUGGCCAAUAUGGUGGUAUCUGCUCACAUGGGCCUCCCAUACGCGAAUCAAUGUGACCCACAUACAGGUAGGCCAUACGACGCCGCUUCGUAUGCGCAGCCUGUGUAUCUGUGUGCUCCGCCACCGGCGCCGAAGCCGCAGGCGGCUAGGACGUAUUGUCCGCCGCAGUUCAUCUUGCAGGCGUACCCGUACGAUGCGUGGUACGGCUCGGCACCGAUGAUGAUGCCGCCGCCGCCUCCUGUGCCGUCAUGGCCACCACAGCCGCCCGCUAUGCCGCGUGUGGACGCGUGGGGCAUGUACCGUGCGCCUGUGCCAGCCUGGCCGCCGCCGUAUGCUGUGCCGCCUCAGAUGCCUACGUAUGCUGGCGCUGCUCAUCCGAUGCAUGUGCCCCUGCCGCCCGCGCCACCCGUGUGCCCUGAGCCAGAGCCGGAGGCGUGCGAUGUCGUCCAAAGCGAGGUGGCUCGUCCGCCCGUGCCACUGGAAAAGACGGCCGUGAUUCUAUCGCAUUUCGGGGCUGAGGCGGUAUGGAGGACGAGUGCGGAGCUCGUGGGGCUGAGGCGAUCCGCGACGCGCAGUGGCGCUCGGCUCUCGCUGCACCGCGAGACGCGUUCGCUCUCGCCCGAGUCACUGCCUACGGACGACUGCCUCUCGGCGUCUUCGUACAGUUCGCACAGUAUGGCGGAGCCAGUGACACCGCCGAACAUUACUCCGACGCUGUCGGAGGAGGCGCUCAGUGAGCCGCCGCUUGUGUCGCUGCCGCCCUCGCACGAUGAGCGAUCAGCUGAUUUGCACCGGCUCGUGCGUGCGAUGGGACACAUGCAGCAGCGUCCCUUCCCGUCGUUGGAUCAGUGCACGGGUCGAACGGGCCUGCCCAUGUCCAAGUCGGUGACGGUGGCGCUCACGCCUGCGACGACGCCCAGUCGUCGUGCACGGAUAUCGAUGAAGCGGGAGCAUGCGGCGUUGCUGGGCGAAGUCAACCCGGCUUUUCGGCAUUUCACGCACCAGGUGCUCACGCAGACGCUUGUGUCGCCGAUGACCCUGCUGCUGGCUCUGCACUACAUCCAUAUGCUGCAGGGAACGAUGUGGCCGGACGAUGGCUCAGGCGACACGCAUGCGGGCCUGAGUUUGCUGGCGCAGCCGAUUUCCACCACACCCUUCAAGCUGCUUACGCUUGGUCUGAUGAUGGCCAACAAGUUCUUGGACGACCACACGUUCCUGAACAAGACAUGGCACGAGAUCACGGGGAUUCCGUUGGACGAACUCAACCGCAUGGAAUCGUUUUUCCUCUGUCGAACGCAGUUCCACCUCGCCGUGUCGGACUCUGCGUGGCGUCAGCACUUGCAGGCGGUGCGGGCCGACAUGUAUGCGUACGAAAAACAGGCGGGUCAGGAAGAUUCGAAGAUGGUGGCUACGUUGGAUCAGUUGCUGGCGGCGCAAGUAUCGGGAUUGUGUAUUUAA